AUGCUGAGUGUGAUAUUCGGUUGGAUCCGUGCCCUCCUCCUCUCUGCUCAAGCUUGGUGGUCAGCCUUCCUCCCUGCCGCUCUCACUCAAGAAGCACAGCACUGCUUGUAUGACGCCAAGCCUCAGCAGACCCUCCGCAGCUCCGACGCCUCUCCUCCUCCUCUUGACCGUCAUGGCUUGGGCAGGAAAGCUUGUCCCCUGCCUCAGCCCCCCCAGCGGACAUCUCCACCCCUCUUUGCCAGAUCCCCGAGCUCGCCGAGGAGGAAGAGCUGCCCCAGCAUCGACGCCUCCUCGAGCGCGUCGAGCUUCGGUCGCACCCCCAGCAGCAGCAGCCUCUCCGUCAAGCCCAGGCUGUCAAGCGGGAGCCGCUUCUACGCCAACAUCGUGAGGACGGAGCAAGGGUCGUCAGCGUCCGUCCGGCGGCACUCGUUUCACGGCGGACAGCAGGCCUCGGAGGUGCGAGCUGCGAGGAGAGAGCAGGCGGGGCCAGGGAGAAGCCCGAAGGCGGAGACGAUCGGGAGGAUGCCGUCGUGCCCUGAGGGGACGGGGAGGGAGGAGAGCUUGACGGGGACGCUGAUGAUACGACGAUCGCCGUCAUCGGGCGGGCCGGGGCAAGAGAGGUGUGGGACAAUGGAAGGGGAGGGCAGGAUGAGGAGGAUGUCGGAAGGGUGCGCGGGGAGGACUCCGGGAGUCAGCCGCAUGAAGGGAGGGAGGGAUGGAAGUAAGGUACGAUAA